UUUCUAUAUCAGUUUCUCUAAAGAAUGCUGAUAUUUAAUGAGAAUUGAUUUUGCAGAAAAUGGAUUUUCUUGGAAUUUUUCUUGUAUCUUCCCUUGCCAUGGUGAAGACAAUUCAUGGAUAUGAAGGUGGAUGGUAUAAUGCUCAUGCUACCUUCUAUGGGGGAGGUGAUGCUUCUGGCACAAUGGGAGGAGCAUGUGGCUAUGGAAAUCUUUACAGCCAAGGUUAUGGCACAAGCACUGCUGCAUUGAGCACUGCUCUAUUCAAUAAAGGUAUUACUUGUGGGGCAUGCUUUGAGAUCAAGUGUAUCAGUGACAAUAAGUGGUGUCUCCCAGGAUCCAUUGUAGUAACAGCAACAAACUUCUGCCCUCCAAACAAUGCUCUCCCAAAUAAUGCAGGAGGGUGGUGCAACCCUCCCUUAAGACACUUUGAUCUCUCCCAACCUGUUUUCCAACACAUAGCUCAGUACAAAGCAGGAAUAGUGCCUGUUGAAUAUAGAAGGGUUGCUUGUUGGAAAUCUGGUGGGAUCAGGUUUACCAUAAAUGGCCAUUCAUACUUCAACCUUGUGCUGAUAACCAAUGUUGGAGGGGCUGGAGAUGUGGUGUCUGUCUCCAUCAAAGGGUCUAGAACUGGUUGGCAAGUGAUGUCUCGCAAUUGGGGCCAAAACUGGCAAAGCAACUCUUACAUGAAUGGUCAAGCCCUUUCUUUUAAGGUCACAACAAGUGAUGACCGCUCUGUCAUCUCCAACAACCUGGCUCCUCCCAAUUGGGCAUUUGGCCAAACUUACACGGGAGGACAAUUCUAAUUGUUUCAUCUGAUCACCCUAAAACUAACCAAAACCACAUUAAAAAUUUGAGUCAUCCCAACAAUUCCAAGCC